GAUUUGCAUUAGCCUGAUUAGGGCGGAGGGGACCAGCCGCUAGUUCCAGUCGUUCUCGUCAGGAUGCCUCUACAGACGACAGUUAUCGGGAGCUAUCCCAAGCCAGAGAGCGUUCCUGUCCCGGACUGGUUCAAGGCAGGAGCUGGGGUCAGGACGGGGCAAGAGGGGUACUCCGCACAAGAAUAUAACGACUUCCAAAAGGAAGUUGCCUCCGAAGAAGAGCUUGAGAAGCAGAUCACACGUGCGAUCCGGGAGGUGAUCCAAGAACAGGUCGACAUCGGGAUCGACGUGAUCACGGACGGGGAACUCAGGAGGGAAAACUACAUCCUCUACUUUUGCCGGCAACUCAACGGGUUUGACUUCGAUAACUUAGUGAAGGAGACUUUCCGGAACGGGGCGUGGUCAGGCUAUGUCCCCGCCGUGGUGUCGGAGGUCGGCCCGCGAGACGACAAGCCGUUCGUCCUGGAGGAAUGGCAGGCGGCGCAGGCCCUCACGGACCACCCCGUCAAGAUAACCAUCCCCGGGCCCAUGACUAUCAUAGGGUCCACUGCUAACCGUUUCUACAAAGACCGAAAGGAGCUGAGCGAGGCCCUGGUGUGGGUGAUCAACCGAGAGGUGCGCGCCCUGGCGGACGCAGGGUGUAAGUACAUCCAGAUCGACGAGCCCGUCAUGAUGCGGAACCCAGAAAUAGCUGAAGAUUAUGGGAUAGAACACGUCACAAGGUGUUUCGAGGGUCUUCCAUUGGAUGUCACCAAGACCGUUCACGCCUGCUGUGGGUAUCCAUCAUACCUAGACCAGACCGACUACAUGAAGGCCGACAGGACCCUGUACGACCGACUGGCAACGAAACUGGAUAACGCCGGAUUCGACCGAAUUUCCUUAGAGGACGCCCACUGCCAUACCGACCUGUCGUUCCUGUCCCAGUUCCGCCGCACCACGGUGGUGCUUGGAGUGGUGGCCAUCGCCCGCAGCAGGGUGGAGACCGUGGAGGAGAUCCGCGGACGGGUUCGGGAGGCCCUGCGCUUCCUGCCGCCCAGCAGACUGGUGCUGGCCCCCGACUGUGGGCUGGGCUUCCUGCCCAGGGACGUUCUCAGGGACAAGCUCAAGAACUUGGUCGCAGCUGCACAAACAUUUCCGGAGAACUGAUAAGGCAGAUAAUCUCCUAGCAGAUCCUACGGUAGCAUAA